GACGCCUGGGAACCGGAGCUGGAAGCCUAAAGAGGUCCAGUCAGAGCCCAAGAGCCCGAGCCACCCCUCCCGCUGCCCGCCAUGGGGGAGAUGGAGCAGCUGCGGCAGGAAGCAGAGCAGCUCAAGAAGCAGAUUGCAGAUGCCAGGAAGGCCUGUGCUGACACUACUCUGGCAGAGCUGGUGUCUGGCCUAGAGGUCGUGGGACGAGUGCAGAUGCGGACGCGGCGGACGCUAAGGGGACACCUGGCCAAGAUCUAUGCCAUGCACUGGGCCACCGACUCCAAGCUGCUGGUAAGUGCCUCGCAAGACGGGAAGCUGAUUGUGUGGGACACCUACACCACCAACAAGGUGCACGCCAUCCCGCUGCGCUCCUCCUGGGUCAUGACCUGUGCCUACGCCCCGUCGGGGAACUUCGUGGCAUGUGGGGGGCUGGACAACAUGUGCUCCAUCUACAGCCUCAAAUCCCGGGAGGGCAAUGUCAAGGUCAGCCGGGAGCUCUCUGCUCACACAGGUUAUCUCUCCUGCUGCCGCUUCCUGGACGACAACAACAUUGUGACCAGCUCCGGGGACACCACGUGUGCUCUGUGGGACAUCGAGACCGGGCAGCAGAAGACUGUGUUUGUGGGACACACGGGGGACUGCAUGAGCCUGGCCGUGUCCCCUGACUUCAAACUCUUCAUUUCGGGGGCCUGUGAUGCCAGCGCCAAGCUCUGGGACGUGCGGGAGGGGACCUGCCGGCAGACGUUCACGGGCCACGAGUCGGACAUCAAUGCUAUCUGCUUCUUCCCCAAUGGAGAGGCCAUCUGCACGGGCUCGGACGACGCCUCCUGCCGCCUGUUUGACCUGCGGGCAGACCAGGAGCUGACCACCUACUCCCACGAGAGCAUCGUCUGCGGCAUCACAUCUGUGGCCUUCUCCCUCAGCGGCCGCCUGCUCUUUGCGGGCUACGACGACUUCAACUGCAAUGUCUGGGACUCCAUGAAGUGCGAGCGAGUGGGCAUCCUCUCUGGCCACGACAACAGGGUCAGCUGCCUGGGGGUCACAGCUGAUGGGAUGGCUGUGGCCACUGGUUCCUGGGACAGCUUCCUCAAAAUCUGGAACUGAGGAGGCUGGAGGACGGGGGGUAAAAGGCCACGAAGACACUCGGCUGCCCUCUCCCCUGCCCGAUUUCUUUAAGAUUUUCUCUUCUACCCUGCAGCCGCCCUUCCCGCCCAGCUUUCCCCUUUGAGGGCGUGGGGAGUAUGGGGAGAGUGCCUUUGGGAGGCAACACCAGGGACAUGGGUGGGGAACUGCCCCAUCUCCUCCCAUGGCCUCCCCUUCUCCAUGGUCCUGACAGCUUCUCCACCCUUGGCAGGCCUAGCAGGCUUCCCACUGAGGCCACAGGCCCUAGCAUUCCCCCGCCCCCAGAGCCACCACCUUUGUCUAGACGCGAGUGGCACAGGGCCCCCAGCUCUGGCACUACUAGGGUCCUGGCCCCCUUCUCCUUCAUACUUCCUCCUUUGUCUACCUUCUUGCCUCUCCUAAAGCACUGGCAAUAAAGUAGUGCCCUGGUAUGUCUGUGA